UUCAAAUUUCAAUGAACUGCCAUAUGUUUUCAUUAAUAUGAUUUUAAACAACAAGGGCUUCAUAUGGACGAUUUCCCUUUAGGACUGGUGUGUGUCAAUUCCACCCCGUGCCGUGUGUGAUUUCUCCAUCAUUAGCAAAAGCCCAAGUCCCUUUUUACGCUGCUUACAAUCCUCAAGACACGACAAGGCCCCACUGAUGGAGCGCGCGUGUGUCGCCUCCUCUAUUUGCGUAGCGGAGGCUCCACCUUUCAAGCAUUGCAGUGACCUCAGCUGUGGGCUGAAUUGAGCUGGGUGGGAUUUUCAGGCUCGUAUUCCCGAUCGCGCAUUCAAGGAUCACGAUUUAACGGUGUAUGUGACGGAGCGAAUAAGCGUUUAGCCGGCUCGCGCUGAACGGUGCAGGAUUUGUGUUUGUGUUUGCGUGCAUCUAACGAUAGGGAUCCAAUAAACGAGGAAUGUGGGAUUUACAGAAUGCCCAACAGCGUUGGAAAAAGAUUUAAACCCACCAAAUACAUCCCGGUGUCCACUGCCGCCACUCUUCUGGUGGGAUCCACUACUUUAUUCUUCGUUUUCACGUGUCCGUGGUUAACCAAGGCCAUCUCCCCUGUUGUGCCUCUAUACAAUGGCAUCAUCUUCCUCUUUGUAUUGGCCAACUUCAGCCUGGCCACCUUCAUGGACCCUGGAGUCUUUCCCAGAGCGGAUGAGGACGAAGACAAGGACGAUGAUUUCCGAGCUCCGCUUUAUAAAAACGUGGAGAUAAAGGGAAUUCAGGUGCGGAUGAAGUGGUGUGCCACGUGCCACUUCUACAGACCUCCGCGCUGCUCACACUGCAGUGUGUGUGACAACUGUGUGGAGGAGUUUGACCAUCACUGCCCAUGGGUGAACAACUGCAUUGGCCGGAGGAAUUAUCGCUAUUUCUUCUUGUUCCUGCUGUCUCUAAGUGUUCACAUGGUGGGCGUAUUUUCCUUUGGCCUGCUGUUCGUGUUACACCACCUUGAGACGCUGAGUGCACUCCACACAACUGUGACUCUUGUGGUAAUGUGUGUGACUGGCCUGUUCUUCAUCCCUGUUAUGGGCCUCACUGGGUUUCACAUGGUUCUUGUAGCCAGAGGACGGACCACAAACGAACAGGUGACAGGAAAGUUCAGAGGAGGAGUGAAUCCAUUCACUCGGGGUUGCUGUGGCAACGUGAAACACGUCUUAUGCAGUCCGCUUGCUCCUAGGUAUAUUUCUGAUCCCAGGAAGAAAAUUCCCAUCGCUUUGAAACCACCAUUCGUCCGCCCUGACCUCUCUAACCAACACGUCACUGUAAAAGUCAGUGAUAAUGGUAUCCAUAGUAACAUCCUACGAAGCAAAUCUAAGACCAGUCUGGAUGGUGUGGAUGAUAAAAGUAUAGAUAAACAGCCACCUCUGCCACCAAAAGCGGAUCGCUACAACCAGCUCAAGAGUCAGCUCACCUCCAGCGAAGGCAAUUCCCUGUCCAGCAAACCCACCAAUCCAUCCACCCCAGCCAUGUACAAAUACCGACCUUCCUUCGGCACCAUGCCUAAAGUACACUAUCACGCAACUGGAGAGAAGAUUGUAAUGUCCGAGAACGGUAAGCCCUCUGCAGUUUUGGAGGAGCGAGGUCACGAUUACCGUUCAGAGCCGAAUCUUGAUCUGCCUGACUACCGCAGCACUCCUCUCCACCGAACGUACCAGUCCUCCCCUUUCCAGCUGGACUCUUUCAGCACGACAUCUCGCUCCUUCAGUCUCAAGCAGGGAGUGAACAGGGCCGACCGUGUGCCACUGGGUGGCAGCAAACCAGAAACGGUCACUUCCACCCCUCACAAAGGAGUCUUCUCUCCUGGGACGUUAUCCGGCCGCAAUGGCAGCCUGUCCUACGAUAGCUUGCUAACCCCCAGCUUAACACCAUCUCUGGGCGAAUGUGCUGCUCACCCGGGAGUGCCCUCUAUGGGUUUUCAUUCACCCUACUUGCCCACUAAAAUGUGCCAUGUACGAGGGCCUGAGCUUCAGCGACACGCUGGUCCGCCAGCCUACAGCCCCGUGCACGUAGGAGCGAUGUACGGGCGGCAGUCACCACACCCAAGAGAUCGAGAGCGAGAUCCCUCGCCCGUCCGCUAUGACAACCUCUCCAAAACCAUCAUGGCCUCCAUCCAGGAGAGGAAGGAGUUUGAGGAAAGGGAGAAACUCAUGCUUCGGCACGCUCAAGCACCAGUGGCCUAUGCCAACGAUUCGGGUGUGUUUGACACCUGCAGUGGAGCCGCCUAUGGACUCCCGCCUGGGACAUGCUACCCUGACGGCCUUAGAGGCCCUGGAUCCCGAGAGCCCACCCCUCCUGUGUGCAACUCUAGGGAUAACUUGAUGGGAUACGCUCCCCGAACCCCUGUUCUGCGUUCCUCUGCAUCCUCGCUCACCAGAGCACCGAGGACUUCUACUACAUCCCUCCACACAGAUGGAGGCAGUGCAGGCAGGACAGCUGAACACCAAUAUCGCUCUCCGGUGCACCAAUCGCAUCACUCCCCGACAGCUGUGCCCCGUUCCCCAUCAUACGCGCAUCAGAAGGUUGCCUUCAUUAGCGCCCUGGAGAGGGCGGACUCACCACGUCUGGGUACAAGAGAGGACCUCGGUCCAGGUAAAGUCAACGGGCAACUAAAGGGCCAAGCACGUGACUGCCAUCUAGGAACUCCUUCUGGAACUCCCAGCAGACACACCAAUGUCAAAAAGGUCACAGGAGUGGGUGGAACUACAUAUGAGAUUUCUGUUUGACGGACAUCUUGAAGAGCCACUGCCUGUGAGGAAAAGCACUGCCAUGGCAACAACACCUCCACUUGUGCUCAAGAGAACAAGUUUCUCUUUCUUAUCACAGUUUUAUGAAAUAAUACUCAAACUAACCGAUCAGGAGACUCGUAGUAUCUGGGGCAGGUCUUUUGGGAGAAGAUUUUGCAUUGGCCUUCUCUUUGCUAAAGAGACUUUCCAUGUGACUCGGUGUAAAAUAUAACAGGAGCUGCUUAAUCAAAAGAGCAUUGUAUGUUUUUUAAAGUAUCAGCCGUCAGAGGAUAUAAAUCUCAAAAUGGAAUUAAAAAAAAAAAAAAAAAAAAAAUCUAUAUAUACCAUUAAGGGCUGAAUAUGUAUGUGUCAGUUCAGUUGUUUGUAUAUAAAAGGUCAAAGGUCACUUAUUGAAUGCAAAUGUGCUCCGUAUGCUGAUCUUUCACACACUUGAAUGUGAGUGUAUAUGUACAUGCCAGUAACUCCAUUACUACUAUAUUUUUUGUCAUUAUACUGAUCUAAUAAUCAGGGUUUCAUUUCAAAUGCAUUUCUCUGUUAAGCAGUCAGGUUCCGAACAAACCAUAACAGCACUUGGGUAAUUUAAAAACCUACACAGAAGUUUUAUUUUUCAAAUAUGGUGGUCAUUUACACUUUUCUAAUGUAAAACUAUAAGCUGCCAUAGAAAUAAACAUAAUUGUAUAUGUAAUAUAAAAAGAAAAGAAAAUUAAAAAAAAAAAAAAGUUUCAUAUGUUGGAUACUGGUUGUUAUCACCAGUGUUAACUUUAUUUCAACCUUUGUUUUUCUUUAUAAAAAGUAUUUUGUAGUGGAAGAGAUAUGAAUAUGUAAACAGAAACACACCACUGUGUAUUAGCUGUACUGGCCAGAUGUUAAAGCCAUAUUCUAUCAUGUUUUACAGUUAUGAUCUUCAUCAUUCAACAUACAUUUGAAAAAUGCUUUUUCCUUUAUUACAUAAAGGACUUAUGGAGAUGAAUAUGAAUUAACGCGUUGUACUGAAAUUAAGAUCCGCAAUAUCCAAGUUGUUUUAUUGCUUUACCAUUUCCCUUUACCUGCAAUAGAUUAGAAAAUCAUGAUGAUUAUUCACGGCUACAUCCCAAAUGUUUUUUGUUUCUUUUAUUUUUAUAACUUUUGUGUUUUUUUUUUAAAAAAAACCUACUUUCAAUGGUUUGGUAUAUUUCACUUUUUAUACAGAUAUUCAAAUGGGUGUUUGUAUUUUUUUUUUUUUUUUUUUUUUUUUUUUUUUUGAGUGGAUUUUUCUUCUUUUUCUGCAUAUUUUAUAAUUUAUUUGUACAAAUUAGUUAAUAUGCAUUGCCAUUUUGAUUAGUUGAAAGUAGCACUUUCUAUUAAGAUAUUUUUUUUUGUUUUCAAUGAACGAAUGUUGGAAGAGAAUUAAAAUGCUAUUAUAGGAUGUCUUAGGAAAUGUUCUUUGAGAAAGUUACAUGUGUAGUUAAGAUGCUUGUUUCUGAAUGCUGGAUCCAUUUGAGAGAGUUGAAAGAAGCUGUCAUAAUGACAUAUGACACAUGGUCUUUAUCCUGUCGUUCAAACGUUUAGGGUCAGUAAGUUUUUUUUAUUUAUUAUUAUUUUAUUUUUUUUUAAAUGUCAAGGACAUUAAAUUGAUCAAAAGUGACAGUAAAGACUUUUAUGAUGUUACAGAAAACUUUCAGAAUUUCAAAAAAUACUGUUCUGUUGGUCAAAGAAAGCAGCACAACUGACAACAUUGAUAAUAAUAAGAAAAGUUUCUUGAUCACCAAAUCAACAUAGAAUGAUGUGACUCUGAAGACUGAAGCCUUCAGUGAUUAGCCAUGUCGGAAUUACCAUAAUUAGGAGAUUACGACUUGUAAAAAGCAUUCACGUCCUCGUGGAAUUCGUAAUUACAACUAGUAAACUGGUGAAUUUUCGGAGAGCUACGACUUGUACCAUGUGACCACUUUGAUAGUUGAUAGUGUUGCCUUAAAAACUCGUAAUUCCAAAGACGUGAACAGCUCAGAGUAGAACAUCAUCUCAAAAUUACGGUAACAAAAUGGCAUGAAUGCAACAAAUGACUGCUGAAAAUUUAGCUUUGAUAUAAUAUUUCACAAUAUUACUGUUGUAUUUUUGAUCAAAUAAAUGCAGCCUUGGUUAGCAUAAGAGAUUUCUUUCAAAAAACAUUCAAAAAUCUUAACGACCCCAAACUGUUGACCGGUAGCGUAUUUUAAAGUAAAUAUCUUCAUAUGUCCAUUUCAUAUCAUUCAGUUCUGGAAUACCCAACAUACCUUUGUGAUAAAUGUUGGCUAAGGAAGUUUAAUUCAGAAAACCUCAGCCUCACUCUCCCUUCUCACUUUCAAGAGUAAUUGUAGUCACUUUUGAUUCUACAGCAAGGGCAAAAAGAACAAAAGAAACUAAAACGAUCCUUCAAACACUGGUGUGUGUAUUGUGCAGGCAUCUGUAUUAUGCAGACAAAUGCUCACAUUUAAAAUGAGGGAAUUUAUUAACCUUACUUAGAAUAACAACCCUUAAAAUAAAAUUAGUUAAAUAAGGGUUAUUAGCUCAUUUUGAGCCAGUUAUGUUACAUAGUUAUGGCCUAUAACAACUUCUUAAGUUUACCCUGCUUGGUUCAUGUCCUCAUUAUCUUAUGGAUUUUAAUUUUAAAAGGGGAGACGAAUAAUUUUAGUUUUUUUAAGAGAGAGAGCUUGAAAGUGAAAGAAACAGGUCUUGAAAAUUGUCACUGGCGGAUUAAAAAUAAAAAAUUAACAACUGAAAUGAAAUAUUUUAAAUUUAUUUAUUUUAUAAUUUUUUUUUAAAGUUAAGUGAAGUGAAAUUAAAUUUUUCUCAAGAAAUUAAAUGGACAGCACAGGCGAAAGUGGCAAAUUCCUACCUACCUGUUGAAAGCUUCAUCGUGGCCUGUUCGUGAUUAAAGACCUAACAAUUUUAUAAGGAUCAUUUUGUAGUGAAGUGUUGAUUAGAUUAUCGACAUCUCUGACAGGGUGAUCUUACAGAUGUCUUGCUGACUGAAAAUGCACCGAACUUGGAGUUCACUGCUGCUCAUCAGAUGACUAUCCAAGGAAUUCAUAGUGAUUUCCUCACAGAUCUGCCUUAGGGGUCUAACAUACAGACACUCAAGCACUGAUAUAGUACAAACAUCAUUUCGGUGCCUGUGAAAAGAGUCAUAAUCCCAGUCAAACAGCUCCUUGAAAUUGUAAAUAACUCAUAUGGUCAUGGAAAGGCCUUUACAGUUUGCCAGGCUCCAUAUGUGUGAAUGUUUCACUGUGUUUGGUCAUGUCUUCAUCUCUGUCCUUCACUGCCGCUGUCUGGCACAGCGUCACCUGCUUAAAUGAAACAAGUUGUACAGUUAAAGAAAAAGAACAACUAUGGGACUUUUUUUGUGAUGAAGUAUUUCGUUGAGAUGAAAUGAAGACAUUAUAGUUUCAUAUCAAGGUACAUCUAUUAUUUUUGUUCAUCAAGAGAAAAAAAAGCUGAAUAAAUAUAACUUGAACAGUCA